CAAAAGAUCCCUACCUGCGUUUCCUCCCGCCGCCUAUCUCUCUCUCUCAAAUUCUCUCUCUAAAAGAUAACCCCCUACCUGCGUUCUCUACAUCCGCUUCUCUCUCUCGAAAUGGAGUUAAUUUAAGCUCAUCGCAACCCAGAGAAGCCAAUGAUGAGCUCUGAUCUCCCCUCUGUCAUCCAUCUAAAUAUCGGAGGAAAGAAAUUUUCGACAACCAUUGAUACUUUGACGCAACGCGAGCCACAUUCGAUGCUUGCAGCAAUGUUUAGUGGUCGUCAUUCUGUGUGUAAAGAUCAUCAAAAGGGGUUUGUCUUUGUUGAUAGGGAUGGGAAACAUUUUCGUCACAUUCUCAAUUGGUUAAGAGAUGGAGUAGUUCCUAUUCUCCAAGAUUCAGAGUACCCAGAGCUGCUACGUGAAGCUGAAUACUAUCAACUUCUAGGGUUGAUCGAAAGCAUUAAUUCAUUUAUACAUAAAAGAAAAGAAGAUGAAGAGUCAAAGGCUGAACUGACACGCAUGGACGUUAUCAAAUGCAUACAAUCUGAGCGGGUUAGGUUGCGGGGAGUCAAUCUCUCUGGGCUUGAUCUUUCCAAAUUGGAUUUGUCGGGUGUUGACUUUAGUUUUGCGUGCCUUCGGGAUGCGUUCUUCUCACGUGCAAAUCUCCAGUCCGCUAAAUUUCGGGAUGCAGAGGCUGAUGGUUCCAACUUUCAUAAUGCUAAUUUGCGUGAGUGUGAAUUCAUAAGUGCCAAUCUCGGUGGAGCUGUAUUAGCUGGAGCCAAUCUUCAAAGUGCAAAUCUACAAGAUGCUUGCCUGAUACACUGUAGCUUCAGUGGUGCAGACCUCCGCUCAGCACACUUACAGACUGCUGAUCUUACGGAGGCCAAUUUGGAAGGGGCAAAUUUAGAAGGUGCUAACUUGAAGGGUGCAAAACUAAGUGGUGCGAACUUACAGGGGGCUAAUCUUCAGAGGGCAUAUUUACGGCAAGUAGAUCUAAGAGAUACUCUCUUGGAAGGUGCAAAGCUUGGUGGUGCAAAUUUACUCGGUGCUAUCAGAUGAUGCUGUUGCAAAUGUACCAUGCGCUCAUGUCAAUCUAAGCAAUGAGCAAUGCAAUUCCCUGAGCAGGGUGUUCUUGGGCUAAUGCUUCAAAUUAUCGUAUAGAAGCGUUGGUCUACUCUUUAACCCAAGAUCGAAGGAAUUGAUGAUCGGAUUGGGCUUAAUUGUUAUUUAUUCCGAGGGUGGGUUCUUAUUGGGUGGGCUUAUCACUUCGGAGAAAAAGCCGUGUGUGCUGUAAAUCAAGGGGACAGAUACAAUAAUCACUUAUGGAGUUUGAAAUCUGGAACAAAUUAAAUGUUAUUCACCACAUUUGAUCUUAAAGUGCAUUAUGCCUUG